AUGGAAGAUAUAACAAGGCCAAAGUACUCAUGUAACCCUACUUCAGCUCCUACUUCAAAGCUAACCAUGCACAAAGAUUCACAUGUAAUAUCCAAACUCAAGCCUAAGGUCCGCAUAAUUCAUAUAUUUGCACCAGAAAUCAUCAAGACUGAUGUUGAAAAUUUCAGAGAGCUUGUUCAAAGGCUCACUGGCAAGCCCGGUGAUAAUCGAGAUCAUGAAAGCAGUAACAAAGGCAGCAGUGGCAUGAAGAAGAACAAGAAAACAAGAAGCUCUUCAAUCUGCAAUAAGCUGAUGAAGAAGAAGAAGAGUACUAGUUUCUCCAUGCAAUUGGAAGAUUAUGGGAUAUCUAGUUUGAUUCAAGAAGAUAAAGUUAAAAUGGAGGAAGAAAAUGAGAUAUGGGGAAGUAAUGGUGAGAAUUCAAAUGAAUUCUUUGAUGGGUUUUCAGAUUUUAAUGGUUUUAUACAUGGUUUGAGUGACAAUGUUUCAUUAGCAACCCCACUGUCUUCUCACCUGUAA